AUGUUGACUCGCUCCAAGUGGACACAACUUCUCUCAAACCUGGGUAGUCACACCAUCAUAAUAGCGCAAAUCAUCGUCGAGGCCACUCCAAAUGCAAGAAAUGUCCUCCCACAACGUCGAGUGGUUUUCAAGCGUACCCCGUCCAGUGUUCCUCAAGCCUAUACCGUCUCGGCUCAUCUCGGAGAAAACAUCUGGGACUCAACAGGAGCCGGAAGACGCACGGACAUUUCCAUGUCUAAGGAAUACAACUGGGUCGAUGAAGCGCUUUUGACUUGCAAUGAUGUUUCCUUACAAGUUGUGAGGAAAUGCAAAUCCCAAUCUCUAGCGGCCAACUGGGCGCUCUCGCAAUGGGAAAAUGAAACCGCUAUGUAUGGAGCAUGCAUUAUGACAGACAUUUUCGGAGUUUCCUCAUGGCGAAACACAUUUAAAGAUUCCGUUCUGCUUAUGAAUUCGGGCCCUUGA